AUGAGCCGUUCCAGCGACCACACGCUCGUCGAGAGCUUUCGCGAUUCCACCCACUUAAUACCAUCGAGGGCCAUAGACACGAAGAAACCGAGUCCAUAUGACCCGCUCAUAAUGAAGAUCUGGGUGUGCGUGGCCACCGCAGCGUCGAUGAUGGGCGUAGGGAUUGCACUGGAGAUUGGGCUAGCAAUUUCAGCAAGAAAUGGAGGGUUCUCUGUCCCACAGCAAAACGUCGUUUCCUUCGUGUCACCGCAAUUCCUACUCUCCUUCUUCCCCACACUUUUUGUAUUGCCCGUCGCAUUCCUAUGGCGAGAAAUUGACUGGAUGGUACGCUGGUACGAGCCCUACGUGGUAUUAUCCAGAGGGCAUGCUACUGCAGAGGAGUCCCUUCUUCUCGAUUUCUUCUUCUCUGCCCUCACGGCCGCCACGACCUACAUAUUCCAGCCCCUCGCUGGUGCAAUCUUCCAACUGAGGCAAAUAGACCGGAGUGAGGACUGGUCGGUAACCAGCAGCAGGGCCAUCGGCCUCGCCCCCGAUGUGAGCCAGCUGAACGGAUUUUUGGCGGCGGCAGGGUACGCAGAAGCUGCAGUCGCACACAACCUCUCGGAUCCACCGUUUGUGAAAAAUGGCUGGGCGACAGCAGAGUUUGUUUUCCCUCAAUACCCCGGCCUCAAUGGCACUCUCGCGGUCAACACUACAGGGAUUCAAACCGACACGGCCUGCCGUACCCCACGCGCAAGCGACCUUGUACCGCAGCCCGAAAAUCUGUUCAACUACACCGCAACAUCUGUUGAUGGGUGUAUCGGGAGCGCAUCCUUCAAUGCUUCAGACUCAAACACUCAGUACGGCGUAGUCCCAGUCUCUUGCGCGGGGGCGUCGCCGAAUAUUACAUUCCAACCUGUGAUGUUCUGGUACUUUCAUCUGAGGACAGACAACAAUUUGCCCGAAGCGAAGGCAGUUUUCUGCACUCCCGCGAUCAAAGCCUCGAAUGUCGAGGCUUCUGUCGACCUCGAGAAAAAGACGAUGUCUGCUUGUGUACAGAAAGGGGACCUGUCGAAGCCCAACAACGUCACUGGUCCUCCAUUGAAUGGUCGCGCCUAUAACGGACUGAUAUUCAACUUCUCACCGGAUGAACAAGACGCGAGGAAUAACCCAGAUAGGUUUGUGGCCGCUCGUGCAACUGCUGUCGCGGCUGGGGUCUCGGGUGCUAUUUUCCGUCUGGCUUCCCAACAAUCUGGCGGUUUGCAGGCAACCUUUGACCUACCCAACGGUUUCCUGGAUCUAACGACCCAAGUCUACACUCAACAUCUUGCUAUCACUGCAAAGUCCGUGUACUUCCUGCCGGAUGGUUCCCAACUAAAUGGUCGGUUGACUUCGUCUGUUCCAAGGCUCUGGAUCGAUCCCCUCCCCGGCCACGCGCUCGCAAUCCUGAUCUUCAUGGUUGGCUUCGUCGGAGUUGUGAUCCAUAUCCUUGGCCGGCGCGCCCGUCGUAACCUUAUCCUAUGUGCACCGCCCGGUAGCAUUGCCGCCGUCAUGGCCCUAACGUCACGUUCCGGAUUCGGCGAGCUUCUCCUUCCAUACGACGACGAGAAGACGCUGGAAAAGAAGCUCAGCGGUCUAACAUACAAAAUGGACAGAAGAACGGGCGCUAUUGUGGCUGAUGAGAAAGGGUUCUACGAGUUUGGUGGAGGGAGUAUGGGGAGGGACGAUGCCAUGAUGUCAUUGAUGGGGCAGACGCAUGAUCGAGUAAGUGGGAAAGACGAGGGGAGCUACUCAGAUUCGUCGAGUCACCUAGCACACCAACUGGCGGCUGGAUACCCUCCGUGGGUGGCAAGAGGGGCGUGA